AUGGAUGAUGAACAGCUGCGCCAACUUAUUGCUUCUCUAUGUAUUUUAUCAAAAGAAGGAUCUAUUCCAUUGAAUACGAUCAGUGUAUUAGUUAGUUCAGCACCAUUCGAAAAAUUGGCUUAUUAUUUACAUCAACGUUGGCUAUCGGAGGAAAAUUUCACAAAAAUUGCUGCACAUAUCAUUUUGCAGCAUUAUCGUAUGCAUGAGAAAGAUUUUGGCUUAUUCUCCUGUUGCUUGGCACAUAUUUUAUCGGAUUUUCGAUCCAGACAUCAAAUCAGGGAAGGAAAUAAACUUGUUUUUAGGAAUAUUGUUCGAGCAAUACUAGACUUCUAUCCUGUUUAUAAAGAAACUGAUGCAGCAGUAAGCGAAUGUUUGAUCGAACCGAUGUUUACUUCAUUUGAAGAUCUAAUCAAUGAUGAUUCUGAUGAAAAAGAUAUUAAAACUGCUGCAGAAUUGAUCAUAGAUCACGGCAAAACAUUAUUAAAGAUUAGACCUGGUAAAUGUGACAGUUUUAUAGUGGCAUUACGAAUACACCUUUGUGAAGGUGAUUUCAAACCUGUAACUCGACGACUGAUAUUACAGGCCAUUGAUUUCUGGACUUAUAGAUGGGACAGUGAAAUAAUGCCUUUCUGUAUCAAACAAUUCUAUGAACCAUCCAUAGAGUUCAUCAAAAAUCUUAAACAAACAUCAAGAAUGCCAUCAGAAAGCAGAAGAAAAGAAAGUUUUGUAUAA